AAUGCCUGGCAUUCGAGUGUAACACAAGGUUGGCUUCUGAUUGACCAGUGGAUGAAACUUUUAACUAUUUAGUCUUCAAAAACUAUUUUUUUAUUAUCGUUGCCGGUUUAUAUUUUUUAAAAUUUUAUCAUGAAUACGCAAGUAAAAAUUUUAUACUCUAUACUAUAUUUUGUAUUUAUCUCGACACGCACUCCCUUGUCAAAUGCGGAACCUAUUGUUAAAGUUUCUGAAGGACUUCUCAAUGGAACCCAGUAUGUGUCAAAAGGGGGAAGACACUUUUCAGCAUUUAUUGGAAUUCCCUUCACCGAAAUACCAAUUGGUCCAUUGCGUUUCAGCAAUCCUGUGCCGAAAAUUGCAUGGCAUGGAAUACGAUCUGCAAAUAAAGAAGCCAACAUGUGUCCCCAACUAUCACUGACUGGCAAUAUUAUUGGGGAUGAGGACUGUCUGUACCUGAAUGUCUAUUCGCCAGUAUUAAAUUUUUCUUCAUCCAUGGUUAGCAAUACCUUCAAAGGUGAUUUAUUACCAGUAAUGGUGUGGAUCCACGGAGGAUCUUUUCGUGGAGGAAGUGCUGGACCGAGUCAAUUUGGUCCUCAGUAUCUUCUAGACAAGGAUAUUAUCCUUGUCUCAAUGAACUACCGUUUGGACAUUCUGGGAUUUAUCUCUACGGGAGAUUCUGUUGCCCCAGGAAACUUUGGAUUAAAGGAUCAAGCACGUGCAUUCAAAUGGAUUCAACAAAAUAUCCACAUUUUUGGUGGAGACAAAAAUCGAGUCACUAUAUUUGGUGAAAGUGCUGGGGCAGUUUGCGUUAAUUUUCAUGCCAUCUCAGACGCAUCUAAUGGAUUGUUUCAACAAUAUAUAAUUCAAAGUGGCAGUGUCUUAGCACCUUGGGCUUAUCGAAAGAGAAGUCAGUUUAAACCUUACGUAAAUCAAGUUGCGGGAAAAGUUGGCUGUUCCAAAAACAAUUCCGCUGAUGUUAUCAAGUGCCUUAGAGAAACAAGUGUUCAUAAAUUACUGACUAGUUUGACUUUAGAAACGUUUGGUUAUCCUGGAUUACCUUGGCUUCCGACAGAUGAGCCAGAGUCAAAAGAAGCAUUUUUAACUGAUAGUCCUGAAAACCUAAUGAAACAAAACAAAAUAAAAAAUUAUUUUGUCAUGAGUGGUAACGUUGCUGACGAAGGAAUCACGAUUACACUACCAUUUUAUAUAAACACGGCCACGGAACCAAUUAAUAUCAUUAUUGAAAAAAGCGUUAAUACGACGGCUAAUUUUUACGUACCACCUGAAGACGUACCUAAGUUCCGAGAAAUAGUGAAAGAUUAUUAUUUCAAUGAAAACAUUAUUUCUCGUCAUCCGGAUAAGGCGCUGGCACAUCUUUCCAAAUUUAUAAGUGAUAGUGGAUUUUUAUAUCCGCAGAUUGCGGUGGUCGAUAAAUUAGCCAAAAUUUCAAAAAAUCCUGUAUUUUAUUAUAUGUUUAAUUAUCGUGGUAGCGCGAAUUAUAUUACAUUAGAAACAAAAGUCAAGAGAAAUAUUGGUGUUGUUCACGGCGAUGAACUUUUAUAUUUAUUCCCUAUUCUACCCUCAAGUGACUUAACUGAAGAUGACAAGUUUGUCAUUGAUAUAAUGGUAGAUCUUUGGACAUCUUUUGCAACAAAUGGAAAACCAACUUCUGAUCUGUUCGCUGAUCCUAAUAUGUGGAAGCCUUUUUCAAAAAAUGAAUGUGUUCUUACGAUUGAAAAUACUUUUAACAACAUUAAUCGAUCUGAUACUCUUCAGCAAUAUAACUUCACUGACCGAAUGGACUUUUGGAGAAAACAUUUUCCUAUUUUAAAAAAUAUCUUUUAGGUCUCUACUUGAAAAAUUGUAAAUUUAUUCCUGAAUAAAACUACAGAACAUCUGUAAA